GUGUUGACUCAAUCGAACACAGACAGUGACAGUUCAUUUCGAACACAGCUGUUUUGUAUUAUGACCACCAAAAUUCAUUUGACAACUGACUGCCGAAUGUGUAAAUUUCACACUGAAAACUAUCCAAUGCUACUUGAAACAUUUUGCUGCACCAGACAAAUUCAGAAAAUUCAAAGAUGCAAGACAUUAUAUUGAGCAUUGAUAAUAAGGAAAUUUUAAAUGAGAUUCUAUAUUAUUCAAUUGAUUAUUUGAUUGAAUCAACGAAACAAAAAAAUGUGCCAAUCAAAAAAUUAAGCCAUAAAUUUGGCUUUUCAAAUCCCGACGAAUUUGAAAAUUCCAUCAAAUUUAUAUCGAAUCUAUAUCGUCAAUACAUUUUGGAAAUGAUUUCGGAGGCGGAAUUAUUAUCGCAUUUUGCACAUUUUAAUAGUGAUUUUCAACAGUCUGUAUUGGAUGUAUUCACCGUUCGUCGCAACGAAAUAGAAGCAUUUUUAAUCGAUGAACAUAAUGCACGAAAAAAUGAUUUACUCAUUUCAUUUGAUUGGGACAUUCGAUGGAUACUUGGCAGCAGCAAUAUGGCAUCGUUACGAACCCAAAUCGCAAAUCUUAUACUCAAUUGCAAAACAUCAAAAUCAUCCGAUUUAAAAACCAUUCAGAUGGAAUUGUCCAGAGAACAAAUUGAUAAAUUGAUAAAUGUGUUGGAAAAAUGCGACGAACAAUUAUCAUCGCGUGAAAGUUAAAUUGGACCAACAAAAAAAAAAGACAAAGUCGAAUUUCCAUUCAAUUGCAUUCCAUAAUUUCAAUUUUUAAUUUAGUUUUUAAUUAUCAAUAAAUAUUACACUAUGGUAUU